CCAUUUUUUGUGCAUUGUGCUUCUCCAGUUAGGUGUCCCCUUUCAUCAGUGAGAAACCCAGGGUGGGUACUCUGUAAAUCAUUGGGUAGGGGUGUGCUGCUUGGACACUGAAACCCUUCCUUUAUACUAAACCAUGAUCAGGUUGAUUUUGCAACCCUAUUCUAGACUAGGCAACAAAAACCUGUACCCCAUCUCAGACUAGCUACAUGUAGUUUCCAUGCAGGAACUUUAUCACUAUCAUACACUGUUAGUAGUACAACAUAUGUGAACUAAACCAAUGUCUAACAAAGUUACUUUCAAGUUUUGAUUUCUAUUAUGAACCAGGGGUGAGGAGCCAUGUUCUAGACUAACUUAUUUAUACACUGGUCACUUUUCCGGUAAAUUAUAUCCUAUUGUGGACCGAAACUGAUUUCUAUACCCCAUCCCAGACUAAACUGCCUGAAAACUAUACCCUUCACAGAGUCACAUACCCAUAUAAUUACAUAUAUGGCAGUACCCCAACCCUUCCCAGACUCUCUCUCCUCUGCUUCCUUUGUCGUUGAGAGAAAGACCCUGGUUGCAGCUGGUCACGUGACCACCCAGAAUCUGGGUGAUAAAAAAAUCUGUUGGUUGGGAGGGGUGGUAGAGUGCUUUAAUUGUUGCUGUGAUAAACUUUGUGUCAAUUUGGGUGGGUUUCAACUCCUCUGGCAGUAGUUAAAAACUACCUCCUUUAUCAGGGUUCAAAGUCGACUUUUGCUGAAAAUAUAUAGCAGACUUUCAUUCACAAAGAAAUUUGGAAGCCGAAUGGAGCACAAACUUUUCGACAGUUGGCACAUGUUAAAUGUCACGUACCAAAUCAAAGUGAAACAAGUAGUUUAGUGUUUGAAUCUUUGAAUUUGGAGGUAAUUUAUUUUCUUCUUUGUGCAGUAUUUUGGAUGUUGAAAGUAUUUCUGUCACAUGGCCGAUUAGCAUAGAAUUCUGACUUGCAUUUGAUUUACAGCAAUGCAUGCUUUGUUGACAUAAACCUGCGCUUAUAUUUUGUCUGCAUCAGGUUUAUCACUGGUUUAUUUAAGUUUAUAUUUAGACAGAUGUUUAAACACGGUUCCUUGGCAAAGUCAAGAAUUAUAUUUUUCAAAAUGGUAAAUAAAACAUUGUUUUAUAUAGUGAACAAUGUUCCAUGAGGUUACUUCAGGCAACAUGAAACAGUGAAACAUUUUUACUUCUUAGUAAAUCAACCAGCUGGAAUUGAAAUCAGAGUGUUACGUCAAUACACUAGAUAUAUACAGAUAUAUUUUGUUUGACCUGUGUGAAGCUUAGAAUAGGACUGCAGAAUUUCAAGGUUGUAUUUUGCCUGUGUGUGGUUUAAUAUAGCAAUUACCGGUGAUCGCCUUUCGUCCGCUUCAGUUGAGAUUGACAAAAAUUCUUCGUUGACUCUACCCUACCCGGGUGGAAAAGUUUGUGUCACAGGUGGUCACGUGACCAGUCGCAACCAGGGUCUUUCUCUCAAUGACAAGGGAGGCAGAGAGGAGAGAGCCUGGAACAAGAUUGGUAGUGUCACCCACCAACAAAUUUAAUGAAUUUGUCCAUGCUGGGUUCUAAUUAUUACUGUCUACAUUUUAUACUACAUGUAAGAGCCUCUGGAAAUGUAAACCCUUUCUAUAAAUGACUGUCAAGUAUAAAUUAUUUUUUAAGUAUUAAAAUUAGCCUCACUAACCUUGUCUUUAAGUUGAUAAUUCACAAUAAUUUUUACCUGUAAACAAGGUUAGUGAGACUUAUCUAAAUACACACAAAAGAAUUUAAAAUUGGCAGCCAUUUACGAAAAGGGACUUUUAUAUUUUUGUGUUAAGUGACACAAUUUGUGUACAUAUCAAAAAUAUACACUGUAAUUGCAAGUUUUGCUAUAUAAAAAUGCAAUACACGUUGCAGUUAUAAAUUAUGACUGUUUACUCAGUGAUCCAUUCAUUGAAUAUUCAUUACACCUUUUUGAGAGUAAAUGUAACAUACCACCUGAAAUCAACUCGACUGUUGCUAAGAAAAUAAUACUUCCUGUUUGUACCAUCAUUUUUUUGUCAUGUCCCUAUUGAACAUGAUUGUGCUGAUUGGCUGAAAACUAUGUAUUUUACCUCACUGAAGACUCAGAAAACAUAAUACAUAUAUCGUUGAUAUUUAAUUGAUCUAUGUAUUUGAGUUUCCAUGGAGUUCUAGGCAGAAUUGAGGAAGUUUCAGAGAACUCUUUGCAGUUGUUCAGGUGCUUACCUACUGAUUAAGUUUCCAUGACCUUUUUCUUUGUUAGACGUCUACUGCUGUAGUAUUUUCCAGUUCAAGGGUAUUAGAGAUUGCCAUUUAUGUGAAGAAAAUAUUAUGCUCUAGUUUUGAAAUUUAUUUAUUUUAUGGCAUAGUCUAUAUUCAGUUUUGUUGUGUCGAUGUCAAGCCUAAAUGGAUGUUAUGUCAGUUUCACUGCCCUUGUAUUCCAAAUUUAGGCUUGAGAUCAAUGCAACACAACUGAAGAAAAGCUUGUGCCAUGAAAUGAAAUAAAUUUCAAAAAUAGAGCAAAACAUUUUCUUCACAUAAAUGUAAUACUUUAAUUCCCUUGUCACUGGAAAAUACUAUGUACAACUGUAUUUACAAAUCUGAUAAUUAUUCUCAGUGUGGUGGUAUGAUUGAAUAUAAAACAGUAUAGUAUGUACGUGUAUCACCAAGUGUUUCUUUUACUUUUCACAGUGUUUCUGAUUUCCUUAUGGGUGACCAGGAUAUGGUUUUGUCAGAGUCAACGAUGAGUAAACAAUAUUCACGGUCGCUGGAAGACUUUGGGGAUGAGGAUGAUGAAGAUGUUGAUGAUAGAGGUUACGAGGAAGACAAUGAGGACGACCAGGAUUUUCUUGAAGACAAAGAUGAGAGAAAAGAAAAGAAGGAAUCAGUGGACACUUCUGCAGAAAAGGCAGAUGAGCUGGACAGAGCGUUAAUACAACUUGAACAUGGUGUGGACAUUGCUAUGCAGAGAACUAAGAUUUGGGCCAAAUACUCCAAAGACAUAGAAACUUAUGUGGACAAAAGAGCACAUUUAGAGUUGGAAUACACAGCCAAACUUGCAAAACUAGCUCAAACAACAAGAGCAGCGAUCACUGAAGAGAACUACCUGCCAUUUCAGUCUAUUUUUGUAACAGCCCUUGAUCAGGAUAUUGAUUAUGCUGAUAAUGCCAACAAAACCUAUGCAAACCUCAUGUCAAGCAGGUUUAUGGAGCCUUUAACGUUAAGAAGAAACCAGCAUGAGAAAAUAAGAAAGGAUCUCAAGGAAGCAUGGGCUAAGGCCCUCAAGAAAGUGAAUGAAGCGAUGGCCAACCUUAAGAAGGCAAAAGCUAUGUAUAUCCAAAAACAGCAGGAACUGGAGAAGGAAGGUGGAAGCAAGAAGAAAGAAGGUGAUCUCAGAAAGGCUGACGAGGCUGAGGAGUUGUACAAGAUGUCGGUGAUGGAAGCAAAUGCCAGGCAGAGAGAAUUGGAAACUACGAAAUCCAACAUCCUCGUGGAAUUACGUCAGCUAGUUUACCAGUGUGAUCAGACCAUGAAGGCGGUCACGUGUAACUAUUUCCAAAUGAUGAACGCGCUUGCCUCGCCCGCUCCUGUUCAGUUCCAGACUCUCGCGGAGAGCAGUAGGAAUUACGAGCCUGGAAACCAGUUUGCUGAAUUCGUUCGUCUUCAACAAGCCAACUCCCCCAAAGCUGUUGAACAAGUGUUUUAUUUUGAACCUUACACUGUGGGAUUCUCUGAUAAAGGACAGCAGACUCCGACACGUCACAACUCCAUAUUUGACACACGGCACAGUCAAACCUUGGAGGAAAAUGCCCGGAUGUCUCCAUUCAACUCUCGCCGUCAUAAGAGUCUUCAGAUACACUCUACACAGAAUGUAAACAGCUCACAACAACCCAUGAAUGCGUGGAUCCACCUUAAGGAACAUCACAGUGAUGCCGAGAGCACAACAAGUCGAUCGCUCCCGGGAUCACCCUCAAACAGUCCCACGUCAUCCCGUAAACAAGCGAACAUCCAGCGGGCACAGUCCCUUGAGUUGGUGUCGUCUGAUGACGGAGAAAACAAAGAUGACGGGAGGAGUAGAAAUGGUCCUGUGAACACAGCCUCUAGGAGAAAGCGCCCUCCCAAGAAUCGCUCAUCAGCCGGCCCCUUCCAGAACACCAGCUUGUCAUCAUCAGCGCAGACGCACACGUUGAAGAAACUCCGCUCCGCUUCCAAGUGUCGUGAAUGUGACAGUUAUGUGUACUUCAACGGCGCAGAGUGUGAAGUGUGUGGUCUGACAUGUCACAAGAAAUGCUUAGGACGGCUCAAUAUCAAAUGUGGAACAUACAAUAAGGUUCAGCGGCGUAUGACAACGUUUGGAGUAGAUUUUUAUCGACAUCUUCAAGACUCGAACACUGAAGAGGAGAACAUUCCACACAUCAUCUCAUCUUGUAUUGACGAAAUUGACAAACGAGGACUUGACGUCAAAGGAAUCUACCGAGUGUCUGGAGUCAAAUCCAGAGUGGAAAAAUUAUGUCAGUCAUUUGAAAAUGGUGAAUACCAAGCAGAUCUGUCCGACACGCCACCGCAUGUCAUUGCUGCCGUUCUUAAACUGUACCUCAGACAGCUGCCGGAGUCGCUUCUUACUGUCAAGUUAUAUCCGGAGUUUAUCAGAAUAGCUAGGGAGAGCUUCGCUCUUAUUAACAACUCCACGACGUGCAAGGAUGCUUCCGAAAACGAAGAUAUCGGAGAAGAAUACGACAAGCUUAUCGGCAAGCUUCGGGAAGUUGUAAUGCAGCUUCCGACAGCAAACCGAGUGACGGCGGCGCGUGUGAUAAUGCAUCUGAGGCGAGUUUCCGAGCACGAUGAGUCGAAUGCUAUGCCUGGGAGUAAUCUGGCGAUUGUGUUCGGUCCGACACUACUGAGACCCAGCGAAAAUGAAGCAGCGUCCACUUUGUCUUCACUUGUGGAUAUGCCUCACCAGACUCGCUUGGUUGAACUGUUGAUUGCUAGCCCCGAGGUUUUUGAACUUCCAGAAGCAGACGAGCCAUUGUCACGAGAGACACCAGUAGAGAAAUUUACUCCUCCAAAGCCGCGUGAAAGAGAAGGCAGUCUGGUAGCCAUCCAAAGUAUUAGAUCAGCUGGAAAUAAUCCGGACGAGAGUUAUGAAGCUGAGGAUGAGGCGAGCCUGAUCAACACUCCAGACACAAACAGCUCACAGCCAUCCGUGGAGUUUUCUCCAGUCCCUCGCAGCUCAAGCUCACCAGCGAGUAUAACCGUGUCUCGACCACCGGACAAUAGACCAAAGUCACCUUCCCCGUCGACGAAAAGCAGUCUUGGUUUUGGAUCAGAAUUCUUUGAACUGCUUGCAAAGUCAAACAGCAGAAGUGACGGGCAAAGUGAUCGCUCUCAUUACAGCAUUCCAGAGUUUUUGUUGCCAGAGUCGCCUCAUGAAAGACCUGUUGUCCCACGUGAUGAUAGCGAUAUGGAGGAUGAGUACGAGGAUGAUACAACACAAGGAACCAGUGGAUCUCGCACUCCAGAUGACGAUCUUGAUUCUUCUCAUUUUGGAGCACCAAGGCGAAUUAACUCUCCACGAUCAUCCAACGAAAACUUGGCUGAUGACGAUAAAAUCAACUUGCCUCACGACGGCUCCUACUCGAUUAUUUCUCCGAGUUCUUCGUUGUACUCCUUUGCGCCUAGCUUUACUUCGGAUUUUCCCGACACCGAUUCGUUGUUACCCGAUCUCUCCGAUAUUAACACCUCGGGAGGCUUCGGACCCUCCGACAAGGAGACGACACUGUUUGAUGAUCAGUCCGAUUUACGAACUCGGAUGCAGCCUCGUCCGCGAACUUUGGGUUUAUUGAAAAGAAAUUCCGAUCUUCCUGGUCGAGUGCAGCGAGUUGAUGAUAUUAACACUGGAUUCUGUCCAAUAGGAGGAAUGAAACCGUCAUCUAGUGACACAAAUCUUAAUAGAGACCCGUAUGCCAUCGAUGAGGAGGUAUCCUUCAUAACGAUUUCCGAUAUUGCUAGUUCUUCUUCCAACACUGUAACAAGCACUAAGAGUGACGAGCUUGAAAAGGAUAGCGUGACUGAAGGAGAUCAUCAAACUUCUGUUCUUAGCGAACCAACAACUACUAUUAGUAUUGACACAAACGAGGUGCCCGUGCCUCAGGGGGAUGUAGUCAGUCCUUUACCAUCCCCUACUAAGGAGAAAAUAAAAGAAAAAGAAUUAGCUUCGCCAACCAGAGUACUACCGCCCCCUGUGGCGGAAAAACCUGCUCGAUCUCCUUCCAUCGAGAAAAAAGAUUUUGACGUCUCUAUAACAUCAGCAGCUGAUGAGACACCGUCCGUUCACGAGAUUCCUGUGGAGGCGGGAUCACGUGAGCUUAUUAUCCCUGUCAUGACAGCUUUGCAGGAGCGUAGGCCUUCAACUCCAAACUGCUCUACUGAGCAUGCGUCGACUGACUCUAAAAAUCCGGAUAGAGUUGAAAGUCCAGUUGAAGUCGCUGCCGAACAGAGGGAAGUCGAUGCUGUUGUCGAUGAAAAAAAAUCCGAUUCCAAACCGAAGACCCGAUCGGCUUACCCUACAAGGGUGUCGGUUAAAGAUCGCCUUCAGCAAUACGAACGAAAUCGCUCGUCCAGCGUCGACUCCAAUCGGAAAAACUCGGAGUUAUUCAACCCGAACUCGGUGGCUUCUCGGAAACAACUGUUUGAGCAGAGAGAGCGUGGGAUGUACAAGCGCGUCAGUGACAUGGGAACGAAAAAAACAAUGACUGAUUCCGGAAGUGGAUCUGGCUCGGCCAGCGGUAGUCCUAAGUUGCCAAGGAAACGGUUGAUUGACGGGGAAGAUGGAAGAAAUGAGGCAGUUGCUGGAAAUCAGCUGCAAACCAAACUUGAAAAAACGAAAUCUUCUGACUAUGAAAAGCACGACGAAUUGCGACGACGGAAUAAAAAAGAUAAGUCGGAAAAUACCGAGCGUCCACAAAGUUUGAUUCUCGACAGACUUCGUUUGGACUCGAUGGAUUCUUUAAAACCUGAUCGGCAACGAGGCGAUUCUCUUAAACUAGACUUACACGACGUGGGAACUUUGUCACCAAGAGAAAUAGAUAUUCCACUCGAUACCGAAGACUUUGAUGACAAGCAUAGAUCGGAGCGACCACGAAGAAGCCCAAAUACUAGUCCGAGGUCGAGUCGGACAAAUGUUCGUUCUCCGUUUCCCGAAGACGGUGACGAGGAGGAUCGUGAACCCCAGUUUGUGUAAUCGAUACUUUGUCGGCGUGUGUGUCGGGUAGCAAGUGAUGUAGAAAUUGUGGACAAUAAACUAUAUUUAAUGAAAUACCUAGUAAUUUAAUAGAAGUCAAAUACGUCUCGCGUCCUUCGGCAAAGGAAAGGAAGAAUUGUUGAAAGCACAGAAUCGUCUGAGAGUGGUUUUAUAUGAUCAUAGAAGUGGGUUUAACUUAGUGAUUUGGUGACAAGUGGGUAUGUGACUAUAUGACAAUAUCAGAAGUUGUUAAAAACGUUUGUGCAUAUUUGCGACUCGAAACCUUGGUUGAAUUAGUACCGUUUGUGGAAGAAGUGUGUGUUGUGAGAUUAUCAUUUUAAGGAAGCUUUUUAAGGAAGCUUUCAUAAAUAGUACAGCGUCUUUUACUGGUUAGCAUCAAUCCUAUAUUUAUUCUUUUUGAUGAAGUACCCUGAUAACGGAAAACAAUGGCGAUUUACAUUUCGUCAUCUACUUUGAAUUCUUUUAAACAUUGUACACCCAUCAAUCAGUAACACAUUUGGCAUAAUACUAGGACUAUUGACAUUUACCUUACUUGUAUUUCCUGUAAAAGAGACCACAGUUUUUUAACGUAAGAAUUAUAUUUGUGUAUCUGUGUCAAGGAAACAUCUAAAUAUAGAUAUAUUUUUGUACUGGUACAUUAAGUUCUGUAGUUCGAUCUGGAAAGUUUUGUGCUGUUGGAUACAAAGAUCUUCGAAUGGAAAUUUAGUUUUGUGUCAUGUCGCUGUGUAUAUAUUACUGAACUUGAGAUCGUCUUUGGCGGAAUUGUUACUAUAGUGGCGAAUGCAUAGAUAUAUUUUUAAAUGCUGCCCUGGAUCUAAGUCAGGAUCAUUCUUGCUUAUGAACGAAAAAAUUAAAAGGCAAACUCAAUUAAACGAAGUCUUAUUCGCGA